AAGUCCGCAUAGCAGCCUUCACUCUACCGCGCCUUGGCAGCAUCAUGGUCAAGGUACUUCUUAACGCCUCCGACAUCCCUAGCUCUUUCUCGUCCCAACGUGAAGAAUCCAAACAGAAAAAUCCUGCAGAAAACAUUUCGUCAAUUCCUGGACUCAAGACGCGACUCUGGAGGACCGUAAAUGGCUCCCAAAAUUCAGACUACAAUUUCUCCUUCACGCUUUACUUCAAGAGAGCGCUCAGUUCGGUCCCAACGUGCCUCAAAACCACUGCUUGCAGCCAAGGAUGGACUUCGCGAACACUGAUUCCUCAGGGCGUGGACGAGGCUGGCAAUCCGCUUCUGCUGCUCGACGGAUUGCAGCCGAACUCUUCCUAUGCCAUUGAGAUGAAGAUGGUGGAUGAAAGCGGUCGUGGCAGACGCUCAUCCGUGGCUUAUGCAAUCACCGCGCCUCAUAACCCUCUUGCCCCUGGAAGAGUCCAGUGCUUGUCACCGAAAGACCGCGAAAUUUCUGUCUCGUGGUCGAAACCGGGACCACAUUUCGGCGCCUCCAUUGGACGCUAUCGCGUCCAGCUAACCGAGUUGCAGCUCAAACUGCCCGCCUCAUAUCCGUCUUGCCUUCAGGGAAGAGAGGAAUCCGACCGCAAGAAAAAUUCCCCCUGGAGUCUGAAUCCAUCGGUGCAGAGGGAAAAUGGUGGUGGCAUGAUGAAAGAUAGUGAAGAUAUUUUAUCGAACGAUGAGCUGAGAAAUACUGGCGCCACUGCCCCCGUUUUCUUAAACUACGAUCCAAACUGCGGAGAUGGACUCGAUCGUAACUCAAGCUCCCGAACGGUUUGCACUUCAAGUGAAGGCAUUAUGGGCCUCAAACUUCAACAUUCCGGAUUGUACAAAGUUUCUGUGUUCGCAUGUUCCCAUCCUGUACCGUGUGCGACGUAUUCGCUAGUUGCUAUUGAUCCCUCAUUUACGCCUAUUGAUUCAGCUGGCCUAAAAUAUGAAAGGAAAAAAACUGCGAUGAAAUAUUUACCCAAAAACGAUGAUGCUAUGGUAAAUGCUAAAGAAGUCAAAGUAAAUUCUACAUUAAUUUUACGCGAUAAUGCGCGUCGAAAAACACAACAAAGAGUACAGAAAACUGAAGACUUUGUUCAAAAUUACAAACAGUUUCGAGAAAAUGGAAAUUCUGAUACAGAAAAUGAAUUAAAAAGUGAUAUCAACGAAGAAAGAAAACAGGACAGAGAACAAGAAGCCUGGAGGAAGUCAACAACCAGCAUGAGUAAAAUUAUCCACACAAGACAGACUGAGAAGAUAAAUAAAUUGCGAAGUGGACUUUGUGAAUUGUGUUCGCUCGCACCAACAGAAACUUUAUGUCAGGUCAAAGGCGAUGAUGUCGCCAACUCGGUCUCAAGCGUGUGGCUUGAGUUCGAUUCAAAAGCAGUCCAUCAAACUAAACAAGAUUCGUCGUCUUUUGAACAACCAUCAUCUCAUCGAUCGGAAUUGAGAAGUUUUGAGAAUCAAAAACUCCUUUCAAACUCAGAAGAUGAUUCCAGAAUCAACACUCUUUCAGCGAACUCCAAAAUAGGUUCGAGCAUCCGCGAUUUUUUUUCGAAUUCGAGAGAUGAUUCCAUAAACCAAAAAUUAUCUACAAACUCUACGGUUAACUUCAGAAACCUUAACCUCUCAACAAAUGCAGAUAAUACUCAAAAAUCUAGAAGUAGGAAAAAUGUUCCCUCCCUUCAUGACAAUUUAAUUUUGAACGAGAGUGAGAACGCCAACCGAACAUUGAUGGUGAGAUGGAACGCUCCUGAGACUCCGACGGCUGAUGUCCUCUUCUACGAGCUGCGCUUGCGUAAUGACACAAGGAUGACUCCAACCCGACAGAGCGCGCUGGCCCGCGUCGCGGUCUCUCACGCAGAGACGGGCGUGAUGCUGGCGUCUCUGUCUCCUGGCAAAUACAUCAUCUCGGUCGGAGCGGUCACGGCCCUCGGGCCUAGCUUACCUAAAAAUUAUUCUUUCCAUCUAAACUCAAGUCUAUCAUCCACAACAAGCGGCUCUGACUGCGUGUUGCACUUGAGCGCUGCGGUGCCUUCAGCAAGAGUGCCGCCCGCGACACGUCUUGGCCCUGGGGUGGCACUCGGUCUGCUCGUCUCUGCGCUCUGCUGCUGUGCACUCAUUGUCACUUGGAAGAAGACUAGAGACAAUGCAAACAUUCGACGGAAUCUUGGCUUGCGAUUGUCUUUUCCUUACUCCGAAAUCAAGGAAGCGCGAGCCUUAGCUCGGGAAGUAAUGGGUGAGUCCUUCACAUUGGACGGGUACACCCUAGAAAUUGACUCUGAAAAUCAGUCUCUCUCUGAGCUCGGGUCCGGCAGCAGUUGUGUGGUCGUGAAGGGAAGCUUCAGGGAUACCAAUAAACUCGACCUAAACAUGCAUCUUGGAGUCGCUCUUAAAAUUCCAAGAGCAACGAAUUUAACUGACGUGAAAAAACUCAUUGAAGAAGCAAAAAUGUUGAGGGAAGUUGCUGGUGCACACGUAGUGCCCGUCCUAGGCUUGGUGUUGACGAGGCAUCUGGUUGCUCUGGUCAUGCCCACGAUGAGCUCCGACCUCGAGUUCUUCCUGAGACGCAUGAAGAACCCACUACCUGUUCAGAUCAUGGAAAGCUUAGCCCAUCAGGCGUCCAUUGGUUUGCUGAGUCUGGAACAACAAAACAUCGUCCACUGUGACGUCUCCAGUCGCAAUUGCCUAAUAGACCUCCACCUACUAGAACAAGGCCUUAUAAAUCAUUGUCCUCGAGACCCAGGACUUUUAGAUUCAAGGAUCCACAACUGCAGGUCACAUGAGCAACACCUCCACGACCUCAGACUUCAUGACCAAUAUCUCCGAAACAACAGCUUGCAAAGUUCAACUCUUCCAAAUAGUAGACUCACAAACUUCAGUUUGCUGCAAAAAAUGCACCACGAGAACUCAUUUCGAGGCGACUCCAGACUCCAAGACUCUGUGUUACAAGACCCCAGCCUCUUCAGCCACUGUAUGCCUCCGUGGCUAAAAAUAGCAGACCUCGGCAGCGCUGUCAGACUCGACGGUCGUCAAUCCAGAGUUGUUGUGCACAAAUUGCGUCCAGUUCGCUGGCUACCUCCUGAAACAUUGGCCGGGAACUUGUACAGCUCGCGCUCUGACACCUGGAGUUAUGGAGUCCUGGUCUGGGAAAUAUGCAGUAGGGGAGCCAGACCUUAUGAGGAUCUUGAGGACAGCGAAGUUUCAUCAAAAAUCAUAUCGGGUGAAGCAUCACUUCCCGAGAGCUCGAUCUCCUCUCCGCUGCUGAGACACCUACACAGGAAGUGUCUCGAGCGCCGGCCGGAGGACCGUCCUUCGUUCAGUAACAUCGUCGAUUUUUUUAGGGUGUGUUGUCAGAUGUCAAGUCUUGGCAAUAAAUCCACCUGCCCUCCCGAGACAGAUUCCGGACAGUUGCUCUAACAUCACUGAAGCAAGUAACUACAACCACCCAUGAAGACAUGAACAACGGUAUUGCUGCCCCUCAUCUAACCCAAAAAGAACACUGACACCCUCGAGCCACUGAACGCCUCAGCCACGGUGCGUAGCAGAGAAACAUAUCGAAGUUCAUAAAAGAACAAGGGACGAUCGCAGCUCACGGCUAAAUGACCAAAGCGUUCCUGCACGAUGUGUGCGUAGGUCUUUGUGUUUUAGCAGAUUAUAGCCAGCGCACUUCACUCAACUUCGCUCAUAAUUAAUCAAAUUCUGGUUCAACUAACUUGAUUGAAAUUUGUCACCACUGGCUGUAUCCCUUCCCAAAAUUAUUUUAUUCGGCAGUCGCCCGAAUAAUCGGCUGGAAAGCCAUGUUCGAUGUUUCUGGUUGUGGCUGCAGCAACCUUAAUUUUGAACCGCCCUGUUGUGGUCUUAAGAACCCCUGUCGUAUUGAAAAAAACGUGUCGUCGCAAAUAAUUGUGAACAUUUUACUUCAAGUUAUAUCCUUCAGCAACCUGAUAUUGUGGCUUCCAGUGGUGUGUCGUAGAAUAAAUAUUUUCUGACCAAUAUAUGUCAGCAAACGUCUGAGUACCUAAUACGAGUCAGAUUUUGUGUCCUCGCAACUCGAUUUGUGCAACUCGAUUUGUGUCCUCGUACUUCGUCUUUUGAAAAAUGAAAUCGCCUCAUGUUUCAAUGCUAAUACCAAGCAGUUACUAUAGUGUCUGGAUGCAUGUUAAUAAGGAAUAAACAGCGGUACAGUCGUUUGAUGAAUUUGAUCCAAGAAACUGAAUGCUAUUUCAGGGCAAGACAGUUGCGGAAGCACAAGGCCACCGUCUUGCGUUAGUUCAUGUGAAAUUCCGACUGGGAAUUUGCUCGUGUUGGUGGUCAGGAAGCAUUGAGUUAGAUGUUAAUAAAAUGCAAUAUAUUGCGCAGGAAUAUUCAGUGGCACACGAGGAAGAGAAACUGCGGUCUCAACCAGAAUAUAAUGAAUGCCAUGAAUAUCAGAUAAGCUAUCAAAUGCAGAGGCAUCGCAUUUACUAGGAAAUGGUUUGCGAGUGUUUCUCAUUACCUUAGCGUAAUUUCUGUGGGAAGCACAAGUUAAAGAAGAGAACAGAAAGCUCCACUUUACGAAUAUGUGCGUGUUUUGCAGUGUUUUCUCUAAUAGGUCUUCGUGAGGGGUAACUUAUGAACUUCGUUACGCCGAGGAAUGGAGCUCCUAAAUGAUGGCGGGUUAUCUUAAGAGAGCAGUUGUGGGCCUGAGCUUUGUAGCUCAGCUCGGUGAGGUGGUCAAGGCUAAUUGUGAUUGAACGAAGUUCUUGCAUGUCAAAUUUUUAGACAAGAUCAUUCCUGAAAAUGCUAACUCUUGUUUAGCUCAUCUUGAGCACAUAAUAAUGUACACGAGUAAUUUUUCCUUCGAAAAGAAGCGAGGUUGCUAACUCAAUUCCACUAAUUUUUUGCUUGGAGAAAAGAACCCAACACAAUUAUUCCACACGUUGCGUAAAUCCAAUAAGUGAUGUUAAAAAAAUUAGUAGGUUGCUAUAAAUUUUUUAAGUCGUUCGUGUGGUGAUUGAGGGAAUGCUUAAGCUAAAAUAUUGUUACCUUUUGAUGUUGUCUUACGAGUGUUCAGUCAUAAACUCACUGUCGGUUAAUUUCUAUGCUCAAAAGUUGAAUGUCGAAUUAUUUCUCAGAAUUAUUCAGUCUGUAUAGUGGAUUGCAAAUAGAUGGCAAACGUUCUAGAUUUUACAUUCAACAGUUCACUAAUAAGUAUAGGUCUCAGAGUAUCCGUUAUAAUGGCUCUCACCUGAUACGGUAUUGCUCAAAGUUAAUUAUGUAUUUUUGCCGUUCAAUUGCAAGUCAGGAUCAGUGCCAUCUCGCUUGUUUAUUUUUACCAUUUGAUGCGUGGGUGCGACUCCCAGCAGAAUUAAUUCCAUCAUUUAUCAUUCGAAACACAUUUUUCCUUCAUAUUGUUGACAUGCAUUUGACGGUAACAUCCUGUUCUUCAAUUGUGCUUAAGCGACAUGACUUAGACAUCAUAAUCUUCAUUGCUUAUUAUGAUUUGGGAGAUAACAAAACAUUCAUUCAUCCGAUACUCAAGUGAGAAUACAUUUUUUUUUUCUAAAUAUAUGAGUUUGCUAAAUUAUUAUUACUGUAUAGAUCGCGCUUGUUCGAGUUUGUCACCAUCGUUCAUAGAUGUACAGCCAACGCCGCUCCAGGUGUCAUGUUUUUAUACCAUUAACGUCUAAUUGUUAAGUCGUUCAUUACUGGUUGCCAUUUUGCAUCGGUUGUCUCAACUCAACCAAUUACCAAAGUGGAAGCGCACGCUACAUAUUACCUGUGACUUUACAAGUGCUUAUUACGUGUACGUGUUUUGGUGCGAGUGCAUUUUUUAUGUUGUGGCUUAAUGUAUUCCCAGUUUUUCGUAUGGGAAAUAUAAAUCUGUAUAUAUAAACUACUUUUUGUACUACUUGUCAAUGUUCAAGGAUUUGAAGCAAUUUGAAUCAGCAAUAUUAUUAUGAAAUAAUCUUGAACUUCUUUCAAUUAAUCAAGAAUCUAAAAUUCAAAAGA